AUGAAGGUCGUCAGAAUUGCUCUAACCGGUGCGAUUCUCAGUAUGGCACAGGCUAGCCCUGUUGUCACCCGUGCAGCCAUCACUGACGCUGAUAUCCUCAACUAUGCCUUAACACUCGAACACCUCGAGGCCACCUUUUAUGAGGAGGGUCUCAAGAACUACACUCAGAGUAAUUUCGUGAACGCUGGCUUUAAAGAUCCGUUCUACACCAACCUCCAGGAGGUCGCUGCGGACGAGAGAACACACGUGGCUUUCCUUACGCAAGCCCUCACUACUACUGGUGCUUCUCCCGUUAAACGUUGCACGUAUUCUUUUCCGUCUACCGAUGUGAAAACCUUCCUAGCCCUUGCUAGUGUCCUCGAAGGUGUUGGUGUUAGUGCCUAUCUCGGUGCUGCCGCGUCCAUUGCUAAUAAAGGUUAUCUUACCGCCGCUGGAAGUAUUCUGACGCCAUUCGAUGACCCCCUAGACUUCGACGAAGUAUACGCCGUCGCAUCACCCUUUAUUAUCUCAUGUCCCUCCAGCAAUGGAAAACUUCCAGUGAAGGCAUCUCCUUCUCUAACGUUAACCACUAGUCACGCUGUCGUUAGCGGCUCUAAAGUUCACUUAAUGGCUGGCAGCGGCUUCGACGAUUCCAAACUAAACAACCUGUACGCUGCUUUCAUUACUGUUACUGGACCUAUAUGGACUUCCCUCCACUUUACGGGCGACAGAUCGUUCACUGCCACCAUCCCAAAGGGCGUUGCAGGCCAGAGUUACAUUGUCAUCACCAAAGGCAAAAGCCACGUAACCGACGAUAACAUCGUUGCUGGCCCCGCUAUUAUAGAGGUAGAUUAUACGCGCAUUUUAGGUUACUUCACUUCCGUGUUCCCACAAGACUGA